AAUGAACAAUACCAAGAUCAAAACAGCAAGUGUGUGUGACGGUAUGCAGAUCCUAUACCCUCAAAUGCCUGUCCAGACCUGUCCUCACUUAGCACGCCGCCUCGUCGCACCAAUACUAUUUGUGAUUAGGUGGCGUGGGCUGUGUUCAGCCGUCACCGGAUCUUACAGUGAGUAGGUAGUCUAUUAUGGCAUAGUCUUCUCUGUCAGGCCCACCUACAAGGACCGGCAUGAGAAAAGAGCGACAGUACUAUAGUGGUACAGGUAGGGUGUACUAUGUAGAACUUGAUCGUAGGAAAGGAGGCGAUGACGAUAAUAGGUAGUGCGGCACGCUAUGCUUGCUUUCUCCGUCUUCGUGACUGCUUCUGUGUUCCCCUUCCGCAUUUAACGACGUCUAUUACUUGGAGGGGGACACGAAACCCGACUUUGCCCGCAUCGAAUCCUAGGCCCUUCGCAUUCAAUAUAACACGAGCCUUAUUGCCUAUGGUAUGCUGAACGAUCAGACAGCUAAAGUAUUAGGACGGAAAUUAGGCCGGCAGCGGUGCGCACAUUUCGGCGUGGCCUACACCCAAUGAGAUAUGUCUGACUCGAGGAAGUCCAACACAAGUGAAUUCGCGCUGCAGCCAAUCUCAUCGACACUCGCUGUAUACUCACAGACGGAGCUACAAGCGUCGAGCCGGCGUGAAGGUACCCGCCCGCCAACCUCUUCAACAUCAAGUCAAUCAGGAAUUAUACCAGAAUGGAACCCGAACCGUCAAAGCUAUUAUAGUAGCAGAGCUGUUACCAGCUUAGAUAUUGACGAUCUCAACCUUGAACCGAAUGAGUUCUGGCCACCUUCAGACUCCGAUGAUAGUGGGUGCGAUACCACCUUGAAAAGAACGACCCCUUCAACAUCGGGCAGCACCGCCCGUAAAAUCAAGGCGAUACUGCAGAGAUUCGGCCGGUCUUACAAUAAACGUUACGAUCUUCUACCAAACGACGCGCAAGAAAAGGAUAGAAACACCCUUCAACACAACAUUUGCUUGGAGACUUUUGACGGAAAAUUACAUCAAGCACCGGUAAACAAUGCCCGUCGAGUCUUGGAUCUGGGCUGUGGCCCUGGUGAUUGGGCGUUAGAGUUUGCCAGGAGGAACCCCAAUGCAAUAGUCCUUGGUAUAGACAUCGAUCCUGUAAAGUCCUCUUUCAGUUUACCGAAUUGCCGGUUCGAAGUGACGGACUUCAAUAAGGAGUGGUCGUACGACGUCAAGUUCGAUUUUAUUCAUCUACGGCAUUACGGCCGGUUGCCGAAGAAGGAUGUCGUGACAUCAAUAUAUGAAACCCUCAGUCCAGGGGGGUGGGCAGAGUUUACUGAGUGGAUUAUUUCGGUCCAGUUUACUCAAGGUUCCUCGACUUCUAUAUCUGUUCAUAAGUGGAUGAGCUGCUGGAAUUCAGGCCUACUGGAACUUGGGAGAUCCGUACAUUUCCCACUACAAUACAGAUCCCUACUUACUGAAGUGGGAUUUAAAAACGUGACUGAGAGAAAGUAUGCAGUCCCAAUGAACCCAUGGCCACCAGGAAAAAGCCUUCAGAGACUCGGAUCUAUGAUGAACUUGAAUGUUAGCAAGAUCCUUGAACCAAUGUCUAUGCCUAUUUUUACCGAAGCAUUGGGCUGGACACCAGAGGCUGUUAAAUCACUUCUAGCAGAAGUUCUCAAAGAGUUAGCAGACGCCGACCACGUACAUGCUUACCUGACAUUAUUUACUGUUUAUGCUCAAAAAUCUCGAGGGGAGUUCUCCUCAAGUUCAUCUAUAAGAUCCUCCGAACAUGGAUAGUGCGCCACGGUUCACUAUAUCUGCUUGCGUACAUGCUCAGUCACAUUCCGGCUACGCACUCUAUAUCUCGCUACCAUCUAGAUUUGACAUGUUCAAUACUGGACCCAGAAUGUGAAUCACGUGGUAGAUGUUAUUAGGAAAGAGAGUUCGGAUAUCAGGAGCGAUAUUGCGUCGAUAAAUUGAUGUUCCAAACCAAUUGGAACCGCUUAUCUUGUGCCUGAAGUAUAUAUAAAGGCUACAGAGCUAGAUAUUAAAACCUGAAACAUUCUCCCAACCUUGGAGACUGAGCCCGAAUACAGCGCAUAUAAGAACAAAGUCCGCUAUUGGUGUGUAUUAUAUGGCUGGGAACCAGCAUAUAAUCUACGAUGAAAGAACAGGUUGUUGAACAUGGUAAGUAUCUAAGUGAAGCCCCUACACACUGCACAGUAGCAAGGAGGUAUGAUUAUUGGAAUGAGUAUGAGUUAUAGAUCCUACCUCAGUCUUUCUACAUCAUCUAGAAUACUAUGACGUUGAUCGGAGAUGUGUUGUCAUGUCUAAUACAAUUAACUCAUAUGUCAC